GCCAAGGCGGUCAGGUGACGUCGGCACGGCGAAACUUCUGCUUUUUCGAGCACUAUCGCCGAUCUCGUUCUCACUUAACCACCUCAGCUUGCUUGUUGCUUCAUUGCUAUUGCCCUUUUUCUCCAUCCGUUUAGGCAGUCAUCUACCUCCCUCCUCUUAUUCAUCAUGUUCCAAAGAACUUUCCUCAGACAGGCCCAGCGGUCUCUCCUCUCCGUCCGCUCGACGCCAGCUACCCCAGCUCUCCGUCGCACGGCGCAGCCCCAGCUUUCUCAGAUCGCUCGCCCGCUGAUCCCUCAGUCUGCCGCCCGCCUGUAUUCGACGGAGAACAAGGCCGAGAACGGCGAGAACGGCGCCGCUGAGUCGCAGGAGGGUGAGGAUGCUUGCCGCAAAGAGCUUGAGGAGAAGAAGAAGGAGAUCAUUGGCUUGAAGGACCAAUACCUUCGUUCCAAGGCCGACUUCAUCAACCUUCAGGAGCGCACCAAGCGGGACAUGGACAACUCUCGCAACUUCGCCAUCCAGCGCUUCGCUCAGGACCUCCUCGAGAGUAUCGAUAACUUCGACCGUGCUAUGCUCGCUGUCCCCAAGGAGAAGCUCGAAGCCGCCCCCACCGAGGCUAACAAGGACCUGCUGGAUCUCGUUUCGGGCCUGAAGAUGACUCAGAAUGUCUUGAUGGGCACCUUGAAGAAGCACGGUCUCGAGCAGUUUGACCCCAGCGCCCCCGCUGAGGAUGGUUCCGCCCAAAAGUUCGACCCCAACGUCCACGAGGCCGUCUUCAUGACCAAGGUCGAGGGCAGAGAGGAUGGCGAGGUCAUGUUCGUUCAGAGCAAGGGUUUCCGUCUGAACGGCCGUGUCCUUAGAGCUGCCAAGGUCGGUGUUGUCAAGAACAACUAAAUCUCUCCUCAACAUUCCAAAUGCCACCUCUACCUUCAAUAAUCCCCAUCUUCAUCCCAUCUGUAUAAUAUACCACAUCUCUCUCCGCCACGAUGGGGGCUUCGCCUAACCCUUAUUGCGACGGAUUAUUCAUCCGAGCAU